AGAGGCGGAUGUCAUUGCUUCUCAUCAUGGGUCGGUUUUUGCCUUUCUUCUUACUGUUCUACUUCUCUCUGCAGUUAGCCAGCGGAUUUGUGAUAACCGAAUCUGAGGUUGCAGCAGAAGGAAGACUGCUAAAGAAAAGAAACACAGGUGCAGAUGCAGUGGUUUUUCAUGAUAUACAAAUCUACAGCCUGAAAAUCGACUGCACAGUGACAUCACGAUUUGCACACAAUGUCAUAACCAGCAGAGCAGUCAACCGUGCCAAUGUCUCCAAAGAAGCUAUGUUUGAUGUGGAACUGCCAAAGACUGGAUUCAUCACCAACUUCAGCAUGAUUAUUGAUGGUGUGACGUACACUGGAGUUGUGAAAGAAAAAGAAGUUGCAAAGCAGCAGUACCAGCAGGCGGUGUCACGCGGACAAACAGCUGGCUUAGUCAAAGCAACCGGAAGGAAAAUUGAAAACUUCAAAGUUUCAGUGAACAUUGCUGCUACCAGCAAAGUCACCUUUGAACUGGUUUAUGAAGAGCUGUUACAGCGAAAUCUUGGGAAAUACGAGCUUCUAAUCAGAGUGAAGCCAAACCAGCUUGUCAGGCAUUUCCAGAUUGAGGCUCACAUUUUUGAACCACAAGGCAUCCGUUUUUUGAAUGCAGAGGGAUCAUUUAUGACAAAUGAACUAACUGACAUAGUUAAAACCUCCUUUUCUGGACCAAAGGGGCAUGUGAGUUUCAAACCCACAUUAGACCAACAGCGCAGCUGCCCAGACUGCCAACAAAGUGUCUUGGAUGGAGAUUUUCUGAUAACCUAUGAUGUUGAAAGGGUGCACAGUGCGGGGGAACUGCAGAUUGCCAAUGGAUACUUUGUCCACUUCUUUGCUCCCGAAAACCUCCCACGAGUACCAAAGAAUGUUGUAUUUAUUGUUGAUGUCAGUAUUUCAAUGAGAGGGACAAAACUUGAUCAGACAAAAGAGGCUCUCCUUAAAAUACUGGAUGACAUCCACGAGGAUGACUACAUUAACAUGGUAAUAUUUAGUAGCUACAUCAUUCUUUGGAAGCCAUCUUUGGUUAAAGCCACUCCAGAGAUCCUGAAGGAAGCCAAAGAAUAUGCCCGCAGACUUUUUGUUAUGGGAGCUACCAACAUAAAUGAAGCUGUGAUGAAAGCCAUAACUCUACUGAAAGAAGCCCAUAAAAAGAAGGAAGUUCCAGACAAAAGUGCAUCCAUGAUAAUUUUCCUCACAGAUGGUGAUCCCACUGUUGGAAUAAGAGAUCCUGCAGUAAUCCAAGAAAAUGUCAGAAAUGCCAACCAAGGAGACUACAGUCUGUACAGCCUGGGGUUUGGCUAUAAUGUAGAUUAUAACUUCCUGGAAAAGCUGUCACUGGAAAAUAAAGGCUUGGCACGUCGCAUUUAUGAGGGCUCAGAUGCAGCCUUGCAACUUCAGGGCUUUUAUAAUGAAGUUGCCAACCCUUUAUUACUAGAUGUUGCCAUUCAGUAUCCUGAAGACAAAACUUCUGAUCUGACUGAGACCAACUUUAAACAGUACUACCAAGGAGGAGAGGUGGUUGUAGCUGGUCGAAUUUCAGACAAUGACCUGCAAACACUAACUGCUAACAUCAAAGCCCAAGGGGCCAGUGGUGACAUAACUUUCAAACAAGAGGCUACUCUUAAAGAAAUUGAGGAAGCCCUGAAAAAACAACAGUACAUUUUUGGAGACUAUACUGAAAGACUUUGGGCUUACCUUACAAUCAAACAACUCCUGCAAAAACGUGUUUCAGCUCAGGGAGAACUGAGGACCAACCUUACAGCUCAAGCUCUAAGUCUUUCCCUGAAGUACAACUUUGUGACACCCCUGACAUCCAUGGUGGUUACCAAACCUGAAGAGACAACAGAUGACAGUAUACUAAUAGCUGAUAAACUAACAGAAGGUGAAAGAAAGGUACCAACCUACAGCUCACAUGCAGUAUCUACGAUCCAAAGACAACAUUUCGAUCGUGUGAUAAGUGCUGAUAACGAUCCCCACUUCAUUAUUGAAGUUCCCAGUCAAAAUGACACCCUGUGUUUCAAUAUUAAUGCUAAGCCAGGAGUGAUCCUGAAUCUUGUGAGAGACACUGUCACAGGGAUCACAGUGAAUGGUCUGAUUAUUGGUGAUAAGAAGAUGGCUGGUGAUGACAAGACAACAAAAACAUAUUUUGGAAAGUUUGGAAUUGUGCACAAGCCACUUGACAUGAAGGUUGAGGUCACACCUGAAGAAAUUAUAAUAUACAGCAGUAAAACAAAGACUGCAUUCUCCUGGUUGGACACCAUGUCCCUACAACAUGAGAGCCUGAUGCUUGUAAUUACCAAGGAGAAGAGCCUGACGAUUACUUUUGGGGAUGGAGCUACAUUUGUCAUCAUCUUGCAUCGCGUCUGGAAGAAACAUCCCCUUCAUCAGGACUUCCUGGGGCUAUAUACUCUAGAUGAGCAUCAGUUUUCUACACAAACCCAUGGCCUUAUGGGCCAGUUUUAUCAUGAUCUCGAUUUUGAAGUUUAUGAUAUCCAUGCUGGAUCCGAUCCUGAUAAACCAGAUGCUACUAUGAUUGUCAAAGGCAACAAACUGACAGUUACUAGGGGCUGGCAGAAGGAUUACAGAAAGGACCUGAAAAAUGGGGCAAUUGUUCCUUGCUGGUUUAUCCAUUAUAAUGGAAAAGGACUAAUUGAUGGAAUUUAUACAGACUACAUUGUGCCUACCUUAUUUGCUACACAAUGAAUUUUGCUCUGGACAUUUUCUUUAAAUCUUUCAUAAUUUUGA